CACGACCUCCAUUGUCCGAUGCAAUAUAUAUAAGGUCCUUGGACCAGGAGACUGAGGGUGUGAGGAAGGGAAAGAGCCUGAAGCAACAUGGAUGUAGGCACCAAAGAGGCCCUGAUGGAGAGUGCAUUACCACCGCCGGACUACUCGGUCACUCCUCAAGGCCGGCUUAAACUCCCCUGCUGCUCUCUGUCCCUCAAGCGGCUGCUCAUCAUCGUGGUGGUUGUGAUUUUGAUAGUGGUUGUGGUGCUGGGGGCCCUGCUCAAGGGGCUGCAUAUGAGUCAAAAGCACACGGAGAUGGUCCUGGAGAUGAGCAUCAGGGGACCAGAUGUCCAGCAGCGCCUGGCCCUCAGCAGGCAAGAAGGAGCCAUUGCUACCUUCGCCGUCGGCUCCUCUGGCACUGUGGUGUAUGAUUACUAUCGGCUUUUUAUUGCGUAUAAACCCGCCCUGGGUGCCACCUGUUACAUCACUCAAAUGACUCCAGAGAAUAUCCCCAGCCUGGAUGUCAUCAUCCAAAAAUUUCAGAAUCACCUGGCUAAACCUUCUUUGCCCACUGCUAACCUGGAUCAGGAGGAGGCCCCCCGUGCCAGCUCAGAGUCCCAGGUGGACCUGGCCUUCCUGGGCACUACAAUGAAUGUCCUUUGUGGCAAGGUUCCUUUAUACUACAUUUAGGAACCAUCUGGUUCUGGGCUGCCAAGGGGACAGAAGAGAUCCUGUCAUGGUCCCCGAGUCUGAAGAAGGUUAUAGCUUUCAAAGAGAAAAAAGGAGGGGGACGGAGGGUGGGGGGUUGAAGGGAAGAAGUAUU